UUGCGUCAUAUCUGAAUCAUUGACCGAUGGUGUUGAGACUGGUGUUGACACUUAUUCUUCCACAUGUCAAACGCGGAAGGAAACACUACUCAUCUUUUCGAGUUCUCACUACACAACAUGAGCACUCGUCCAGAUAUACCCUGUAAGCGCUCUGGAUCCACACACUCGACGUGGCGUGUCCAUCCCACGCUAAAAUUUUAGCUCUAAUCCCAUCCCCCAUCCCAAUCCUCCACCCAUCAGCAAGUAUAAAUAAAGCACAUGACCGCGCCACCCAAACCUGCCACUCAGAAACCCGCAAUGACCAGAGUUUGAGAACCCAGUGUACAGACUCCCCAUUCACGUCCACAUCCACACCCACCAUGUCCCACCCCACCACCCUCGAAUGGACCCAAGGCACCUUCGGCCUCGAGCCAACCUGGCCACACGACCCCGACCUCCCAACGCUCAUCAAAACCGCACGCCCGCAUCUCGACCUCCCCGCCUCGGCCCCCCUGUCCGCGGUCCCCCUCCCCCCCGCGCCCUUCAGCAGACUCUACGCCCUCACCGCCCCAGACGCGGCGUACGUGCUGCGCGUCUCGCUGCCCGCAGACCCGGGGCUGCGAACCGCCAGUGCAGCUGCCACGCUGGGCUUUGUAAGUCAAAACGCGGAGGUCCCGGUGCCCCGCGUGCUGGCGUUCGAGGCCGAGGCUGCGAAUGCGAUCGGGUACGAGUGGACGCUCACGUCGCACGUGGGCGGCGCGCCGCUGUACCGCGCGUGGCGCCGCAUGUCGUGGGAUGCGAAGACGGCGCUCGUGAAGCGGCUCGCGGGGCUGCAGGCGGAUUUGUCUGCGCACACGUUCCAGCGCAUCGGCGGGCUGUACGCGGGCGCGGGCGAGGGCGAGGUGGUGGUUGGGGAGUUGGUGGCCGCGACGCAGUACCAGGGGGACCGGGUCGGGGGCAGCAGCGUGCGCGGGCCGUUUGCGUCGAGCCAUGCGUGGCUGAAGGCGCGGCUGGAGGGCGUGAUGCAGGAGCAGCGGCGGGUUGUGGAGGCGUCGUGCGACGAGGACGAGAUUGACGAUGCGGUGUUUGCGUGUGCGUUGGCGGUGCAGCUGGAGGGGCUGCUGGGGACGGUGUUCUUGGCGGGGUCGGGGGCGGGGGAGACGACGGCGUUGUCGUGUGGGCAUCUGUCGAUGCAUGGGGUUUGGGUGGAUGGGGAGGGGCGGUUGACGGGGGUCGUGGACUGGGAGGGUGUGCCUGUUGUGCCGGUGUGGCGGGCGGGGCGGCUGCCGGUGUUGUUUGAGGAGCGGGUACGGGAGGAGAAGCCGGUGCGGGGGGAGUAUGCGGAGGAUUCUGAGGAGGAGGAUGAGAGGGAUGAUGACGGGCUUGAUAACGAGGGCGUGACGGAUUUGUACUGGGAGCAUCUGCUGGAGUGGGAGAUUACUCAGCUGCGCGAGGUGUUUGUCCAGGAGAUGGAGGAGCGGCAGCCGGGCUGGACUGCGUUGGCGAAGCAGAACAAGCUGAAGGAUGACUUUGAGCGGGCGGUGGAGGAGUGCGGGAACGGGUGGCGGAAUAAGAGUGUGAAGCGAUGGGCUGAUGCUCUGGCGGCAGGCACGCCCAUUGAUCUGACAGCUAUCCUCUUCUCGUCGCCGGAGAUUGACCAAGUGAGCGACUCGGGCAUGGACUGGGAAGAGGCGUGAAUAGAUCUUCGC